UUGCUUCCCUCAUUGUAUGCAGAAUUGUUGGCCGAGAAUGCGGCCAACAUUGAUUCGACACCGCUAGAGGAUUUUGAUGCCGGCAUGGGUGCGGAGGGGGAAGAAUAAAACAGUUUGGAAGAAAUUGAUAAGGGCGUGUUCAAUGGAUCCCAAAAAAAUAACCAAGAAGGGAACCAGUUACAGUGACCUAGAAGACGUCACUUUGGUCCGGGCAUGAGAGAGCGUCUCACUCGAUGCCGUGACCGGCAAUGAUCAGACCGGAAAGAAGUAUUGGAAGCGAACUGAGGACAAAUUUUUCCGGCUGAUGCCGCCAAAUUUUUCCUCGUGCACUUUAAGGUCAGUACAAGGUAGAUUCGAGACGAUCAAAUCUUGGUGUAGCUGUUGGAGUGGAUGUUUGGAGCAAGUGAGGAAUGCCUCGCCGAGUGGAUGCACCAUUAUGAUUAUGUACAAAGCCAUGCCGGGUUCCAAGGAAAGGCCAUUUACACUUCAACAUUGUUGGAAGGUGUUGGAGUUUAGUGAGAAAUGGCGUUUGAGGGACAAAGAAGCAGCACCGAAGAAAGGGGCAUUCGUCCAAUUGGAUGAUGAUAAUGAUGAUGAUGAUGAUGAUGAAGAAAAUGAUGCACCGAAGGGUGGGCGUGACCGCAAGAAGCCGGAUGGAAGGAAGAAGGAGAAAGAGAAGAUUAAGAAGACAGCCGAGUCCUCAAGUUUGAAUUCCAAGUUUGAUGAAUUGACGAAGUCCAAAGAGAUCGCUUCGGCUGCCAAAUUGGAGGUCAAAAAGAUCAAUGCCGAGAAGAAGCAUGGACAAAAACUGUAAGCUAUUCAUGAGGUGGAGCUCUAAAAGAGCAAUGUCGACGCGCGCAAGGCCAAAAUUGAGGAGGAAAAGGCAGCGGAGCUAGUGCUUGCGGAGGAGAACAAGAUAAUGCUCAUAGAUCCGACCGGCCUUGAUCCACUUGCAAAGGAGUGGUGGGAGCUCCAAAAAAGGACAUCUUCUAGCAUCAUCGUGAAGCUACUGCCGAGAAGUAGAAGGCGGCAGCGGCAGCCGCUGCCGGAGCCAGACAUGGCGGCGAUGGUGGAAAUGGAGAUGCCGUCGCGAAUGAGGAUGGCCAAGGCGAUGAAUUACAUCCUUGAUUGAUUUAUCCUUACUAUUUUGUUGCGCA